AUGGUGGUCAACGGUGAGUAUGAAGGCAUUGUGCAGCGAGAUGCGCCUGUGACCCACGGAGUGGCCUAUGGUAUUACCGCUAGUCCAUUCGGCAUUGAACCAACAACCGCCCGAUCGUCUGGGAGGAUUUGCCCCAACGACAGCGCUUACUGGCCUCCCGGCGACUCCUCCAUUUCCGAGACUACACGCCAUGUGACCGAACUUGCCGAGGCGUUGUGUGCGAUGCACAAGACGGUAGUAGCAACAGUCGACGUACAGUGCGCGAAGGCAAGGACCCAGCGCAAUGGCAAGCGCUCGGUUAAGUGGUUCUCGGACCAUCGUUUGGAAGUGCAACAGCUAGUGCCGCCAAGCGAAACGUCUUUGCACCAUACCUGCCGUCUCCGGCUUUACUGCAAAGGCGCCCGAGACAUUGAUGAAGACCUCAAGGCGCAAAUUCCAUUCGGCAAUGAAAGUUUCUACAUUGAAGCUCUUCAAGACCUCUGUCUGAGUGAUGGUGCCUGA